CAGACUCAACUUUUUAUGAUGAUAAUUCAUCGCAUAGUCCUUAUAAGGACAAUACACUAUUGCAUACAAAUACAAAUAUUACAAAUAAUACUCUGAAAAAAGAAGAUUGUUUCGAAAUUAUUAUGGGAAAAGACUGGAUCCCGAAUGGAGAAAUCCAUGAAUCAAAUAAUAAUAUAACAGAUAUAAACAGUACAAAAAGUUUUGAAAAUCACAGCAGUCAAGAUAUUACAAAUUGUACAGUAAAAAAAAGCAACAAGGCAGAAAGGAAACAAAAAUUAGAAAUACGCCAUGACUUAGAUUAUGAUUCGCAAGACAUGUUUGAUGUAUCUUCGGACAACAAAAUCGAGCCAUACAAAGAAAUCAAAGAUGUUCUCAAAGAAAAAUUCCUCGCCUCGUUGAAUCUGAUUCGUACAUCAUUGAUACCAUCUGACACAAAUAAUACAGGUUCAGUCAGAGCACCAAGACGCCUGACUAGAAUCAGAAAAGUCAAAAAAGUAUUCGAUCCAUCAGAUAAUUUUAUAGUGAAAAAGAAAAGAAGCAAACAGCCAAAAACAAUGCCAACAAAGCCAAAAAAGCCAAAAACGAUGCCAACAAAGCCAAAUGCUACAAUUCCCCAAGAAAACAGAGAAACUGUUACCCAUUCUCAAAACAAAGAAACUUCAAAAGAUAAAUAUUUUCAUUGCUGCAGUAGUGAUAAACCAGAUUCAUUAGUGGCGUGCAAAGAUUGUACAACUAAAGUACAUUUAUCAUGUGCACUACCAUCUAAGAAAACGAGCAAGAAAGCCCUUAUUGAUUGGCGUUGUGAAAGGUGCAAGAUGUGUGAAGUAUGUCAUGAUACUGUUGAAUCUGGAACUAUGGUAAGUUGCUAUCAAUGUGACCGUGCAUCUCACAUUAAAUGCCUAUCAGAUAAAAAAACCCAGAAAGCAUCUAAAUGGGAAUGUCAAGAUUGUCAAACUAAGCGCAAAUCACCAUCACUUGAAAAAGUUUCAAAGAGUUCCGAUUCAACGGAUGCAUCUGAGGUAACCAACCCUUUGAAGGCAGAAAUCAAAGAAACUGCAAACAGCCCAAAAAUAUCAGAGGUGAUCCAUUACAAAAGAGAUCCUAAGAUACAUAGAUUCGAGAUACUUUUUUGGAACCAAAUCCCCGCGAAUAACGGGGUUUGCCUGUAUUAA